AUGGCUGCUGAUGCUGAUCUAUAUGUAGCCAUGGUUGAUGAUAAAAUCAUUGUCAAGAUUGGUCCAAAGCUUGAUCUUGGAAAUCUUAUUCCACCUAAUUUUCAUGUUUCUACCUCUGGCAAUGACUAUGCUUGUUCAGAGUUGUUAUUUCAGGGGUUUAAUUGGGCAUCAAGCAGUAAGCAAGGAGGAUGGUACAACUCCCUCAUCAACUUAAUUCCAGACCUGGCUACUGCUGGAAUUACCCAUGUUUGGCUACCCUCUCCCUCUCAAUCUGCUGCACCCCAAGGGUACCUACCAGGAAGAUUGUAUGAUCUGGAUGCAUCCAAAUACAGAACUGAGUCCAAAUUAAAAACUUUGAUUAAAUCCUUCAAUAACAAUGGGAUCAAAUGUGUUGCUGACAUAAUAAUCAACCACAGAAGUGUUGAAAAGAAAGACAAAAGAGGGAUAUUGUGCAUCUUCGAGGGAGGAACCCCCGAUGACCGCCUUGACUGGGGUCCCUUCUUCAUUUGCAAAGACGAUACUAAAUACUCCGAUGGCAAAGGAAAUCUUGACACUGGGGGCGACUUCUAUCUUGCACCUGACAUCGACCACCUCAACCCGAGGGUACAGAAAGAACUAUCUGACUGGAUGAAUUGGUUCAAGACAUAUAUCGGAUUUUCUGGAUGGCGAUUUGAUUUUGUCUUGGGAUAUAGCCCGAGCAUCACCAAGAUCUAUAUGCAGAACACUUCCCCGGAUUUCGCUGUUGGGGAGAAUUGGGAGCAGUUUACUUACAGGCAGGAUGGGAAGCCAGACUAUAAUCAGGACCAGCAUAGAAAUAAGAUAGUUCAGUGGGUUCAGACAGCGGGUGGUUCUCUGAAAGCAUUUGAUUUUACUACCAAAGGGAUACUUCAAGUUGCUGUCCAAGGCGAGCUGUGGAGGCUGAAGGACUCGAAUAAAAAUCCACCGGGGUUGAUUGGUGUUUUACCGGGAAAUGUUGUGACUUUCAUUGACAAUCAUGAUACAUAUUCUCAAAAUACUUGGCCUUUCCAACCUGACAAAGUCAUGCUAGGAUAUGCCCACAUUCUUACACAUCCCGAGACUCCAUCAGUGGUAAUUCCUCCUUCUCCACCUCCACCUCCACCUCCUCCCCCUCUGCAGCUUUUGCUUUUUCUAUUUUUGAAAACAAGAAAACAGAAAGCGAUAUUAUUGUUUUGUCAAGUGAGAGUUGUUGCUGUUAAUUGUUGUAUGAUAUGUUUCAAGAACAUCGUUGUAAAAUUCGAAGAUCUUCGAAGAUCCUUGAAGAAAAAUUUGAAUUCUGUAGAAGAUGAAGAGAGGCUUAGAUUCUUCAAUAGUUGCCCACUGUCGCGGCUCCGAUUGUUACCGAUGCCACUAUCCGAGCUACUGUUAGCACAUUCCAACACUAGCUCUACUCCACCCUCAGUAUUUCACUUCAGUCCAGCAUCAAUUUCUCAGAGCUCCGGACUCACCAGAGCUUAA